UAGUAGGUAUAUAGGCCUAGUGGGACAUUUAAAUUUGCUGUGUUGAUGAAUACGGCCGACCCAUUGGAAGGUCCGACUUUUCUGUGAGAGCUAGGAACAAAAUUCUCGUUUUCUCUUUGAAUAUCUGAGUCGAUUUUACGUUGUUGUUUUUUUUUACAUCAUUUUCCACUGAAUUGAAGUGAGGUGAGCCGAAGUGAAGUUCAGUGAAGUCAAGUCAGACUUUAAUUUCAAUCAUGCCGGGAAUAGAUGACUGGGUGAAUUCACCUCUUGAUAUUGUACAGAGUUUAUUUGAUGCUGAAAAUAAAGAAUGGAGUAACAAUGUCGACGGGUACUUCAAAAAUCGUCUGAGUGAUUUCACAGCAUGGCAGAGGAUUCCGUCUCUUAACCACACACCGCUCCACACCUUGAAGCCCAACUCACUGGUACGGUACCGAUGUAUGGUGCAGGAUAUGUUUGAUCCAGAGUACUACCUUGGGGUCUACGAGGUCCAAGAUAAAGCCAAUAAUACCACAUUCCUAAGAACUGGGAAGUAUCAGGAUAUAGCAGAGAACACUCGUGAUCUAGAAGUCAACUUAGAAUCAAGAAGGAAUGUCACUUGUGAUCGUCAGACAUUAUAUUGUGUUCCAGUACCAGGAGAAAACAACUGGAUCAAACAAGGCUAUGAGGAAACGAGCCAAAAGAUGACAGGUUCCCAACUUGACCCCAGCUCUAGUUCUACAUCCAGGGUCAAGAGAGCUCUUGAUAUUGACGAGACCACACCCUCAACAUCCCAAGAUUCCUCAGUGACCCCUCAGCAGAAUGGUGAUGCGGUAGCCAUGGAGAAUGGCGGGGAUGAAGGAGAUGCGGAGAAGAGGAGCAGAACGUCGGAUGGUGGAGCGGCAGGAGGAGGCACCAAUACCACUGUGGAUCUUAACUUCCCCAUUCCAGGGGAAACAGGGACUGCUUGUCUUGUUAAAGUUUACGAUCAGAUGGAUGUGUUCAAAGUAACAGAUAUGGUAGAGUUUGUAGGUGUUCUCUCAGUAGAUCCGUCAUUGGCACAUUUCGCUGAUUCAGAAGAAGAGUCAAGUUUAGGAGAUGCAGUCGAAUCAAUGGAAUGUAUAGAGGAGCAGAACGCUCAUUCUCCGCCCCCAUCACUGAUUCCCAGGUUACACGUGAUCGCAUCACGGAAGCUCUCUCACAUCAACCCUCACAUACCGCAUGAUAUCAACUCCAUCAUGGGAAAAUCAUUGGUAGAGAAUGUACUGAAGGAGGCAGGUGUCAUCAGAGACCAGCUAAGAUGGCUCCUUAGUCAAGUUCUUUUAUGCGAUGCCCUAACAGCGGAUUAUCUCAUCCUUCAUCUUUUAUCAUCAGUGUAUGCAAGGAGAGAGGUUUGUGCUAUAGGGAAGCUGAGUUUAAAUCUCACAGGCAUCCCACAAGACCCAGAGUUUGUGACGACCCUCUACUCGUUGAUAGAACAGCUUGUCUCAAAAUCCCACCUCAUGCCUCUGACGUUGGCUAACAUGAACAAAAUGAAGUUAAUACCCAAAAAGGACUACACGGCAAACAGGUUAACCAGUGGCUUACUUCAGCUCACUGAACGAACCCACCUUAUUUUGGAUGAAACUGCCAUGCAGCCCGGCAAGUUGGAUUCUCAUGGUUUGAUGAAUCUGGCUGCCCUCGGAAACGUCAUCUCGUGGCAGAAGGUUGAUUAUGACUUUCACUAUCAAAAGACAGAGUUCCCCACCAACAUCGGGGUCCUGGUCCUAUCGGAUGGAAAGUCCAUUCUCCAGACCGAUUGCCGAGUCCAUCUGCAGCCUAAGAGGGACCAGGUCAACAUGGCUGACGUCCAAGCCUCGGUCCAGCAGGCUCUUAGGUCUGGGACCAUCGACCUGGAUAAGAUCAGGACCUUCCUUGAAGUCUUACCGCUUCUGGAAUACACCAUGUCUGAAGAUGUUCAAAAGUUUGUUGAACAAGACUUUGUGGAGGCAAGGAAGAGUGACCCAAACAAAAUGACCCCAGAGGACUUCCAGCAUCUUCUUGUGAUCACAAGAUUACUGAGUUUGUCGUUAGGUCAGCCAUCUUUGACAAUGCAGAUCUGGGAGAGGGCGAAGAGGAUGGAGGCCGAGCGCAAGAACCGUCUCCAGAAUGCCACCCGUCCUGCUGCUUCUUCUGCCAAUGCUGCACAGUAAUCACAGGAUUACAAAGACUGGCGUUUCAUUACAUGAACAAUUUCUAGUUACUUCUGCUGCACAGUUGACCUGAGAUUACAAAGACUGGUGUCCCAUUGCAGGAACAUUUUCCAGCUACUUCUGGUGCGCAGUUGACCCAAGAUUACAAAGACUGGUAUCCAUUGUAAGAACAUUUUCCAGCUACUUCUGGUGCGCAGUUGACCCAAGAUUGCAAAGACUGCUAUCCCAUAGCAAGAACAUUUUCCUGCUACUUCUGGUGUGCAGUUGACCCAAGAUUACAAAGACUGGUAUCCCAUUGUAAGAACAUUUUCCAGCUACUUCUGGUGCACAGUUGACCCAAGAUUACAAAGACUGGUAUCCAUUGUAAGAACAUUUCCUGCUACUUCUGGUGCACAGUUGACCCAAGAUUACAAAGACUGGUAUCCCAUUGUAAGAACAUUUUCCAGCUACUUCUGGUGCACAGUUGAUCCAAGAUUACAAAGACUGGUAUCCCAUUGCAAGAACAUUGUCCAGCUACUGCUGCACAUUUAAUAUUUUUGAUGAUGCUCCACAGACAUAAUUGUGUUUUUCACCAAUAAAAUUUACAAAGAAUGUGUUAUAAAGACUCCAUACCUACAAGUUGUCCAGAGAGUUGUCUGUUGAAUCUUGUCAAUGGGGUAAAUGCUCAUUAUUACUAUUUAUAUAAUGCAGAGAAUACAUGAUAUGUUAUCACGCUGGUCUGAUGCACAAACUUGCACCAAUUGACCAAUCAAAAUGAUGUGCUCUCUCUGCAUCGCCAAUAGUUAAUAUGUGUGACUUAAAGCUGUCAUCUGAAAGAUGGCUUCUGAUUGGUCAUUUUCAUUCAACUUCUUAAGCAGAGUUCUUGACAGUGACUCAUGAAGCAUGAUGUUAAAUAUUUUCUCUUAGAAAUUUGAUCUCAAACAGAUGAAACGAUUCCAGAUUUCUAGUUGCUUAUCACAAAUAGAAAUGGAGAUCAUUGACAGGCACUGCAUGAAAUGCUCUGUGCAAAUUCAGUCUUUUUGUAUUUGGAGCUGGUUAUGUUCUAUGAGUUUAUAUUCCAUAUUCCUUUUUUUAAUCAUCUGCUGUGUUCAUUAUAGAUUGCUUUGAAUUUAUUUAUCGCAUUUACCUGCCAUUUUGACUCCUGAAUAGCAAAAAUAUCUGUAAAAUAGCCUUCAAAACGGACAUAAUAUCUGUUUCUGUUUCAGAUUUUCUAAGGUUCGUGCCUCUACACAUUUCAUGAAAUCUCUGAAUUGUUCCCCAGAACUGAAGAUUUUGAAAUCGCACUGAAAACAAUGAUAAUGUUCAAGUUCUUGUUUGAAUAUAACAGUUUGAACUUGAUUUGUAUUAUCAAAAUUCUGAAAUUAGGGAUAUUCAUGAAAUUUUGUUUUUAGGAAAAUACCACAUACUGCUUUCAAAAAGUAGCUUUAUUAUUUAUACUUCCAGUAUAUAAAGUAGAAUACUCAUUGUUGAUGAGGCUAAUAUUCUUUAGUGGAUCACUGUUUGCUCAAUAAUACCUAAAAGAAUAGGCCUACAUAAAUAUGAGGAUGUGAUGAUUUUUUUUAAUCUAAAUAAUUCAGUUUUUGUACCAUUGUAAUCAAACCUAUUCAUGAUGAGCUAAUAGGGGGAAAACACAAUUUUAUAAAUAUGGAACUGUUUUUAUUUAGCAUAUUGCAUGAUGGUUCUUGGGAGCAUUACAUCAUUUUCAUCUGACAAGAUGUCAUAUUUGACAUUUUCCCUUGAAUUUGAUUGGCUGAGAAGCAGUUACUAUGGUAACUGUUGGACAAAUUGGGACUUGUCAUAUAAAACAUCCGACAAGUCCUUUUGUGAAAUGUUCCCGAUGUCAGGAUAGGGUUUCCUGGACCCUGUUACAUAAAGCUUAGCGAUUAAUUGUGGUUCUGUUUUCUAUGAUUGAUUGCAUUGAUUAUUGUGUGUGAUCAAUUGUAGAAAUCAAUUCUGUGAUCAAUCGUGAAGCUCUAUUUUACAGGGCUCUGUUCAACAUGUGGUUGAUACUAA